CGGUACUGGUACAUUGACUGGCUGAGUCUUCUGUGUGUGAGGAGGGGGAGAUGAUGGAUGCGCCGCCGCUGACUACCGGCUGUGUGAGUGAGAUGGAGGCCGGUGGAGAUAAAGAGGGAGAGGCUCGGGAGGAGAGCAAGGAGUGCCAGAGACUCGCUGCAGAGAGAGAUGAGGCUGAAAGGCAACUCAAGCACAUUAAACGAGUUUCCCAAAUGGUGAUCGAGGAGGUGAACGUACUACAGACCCAGCUUGAGAUUGAGAAAUCUUGCCGGGAAAAUGCAGAGGCUCUGGCUACCAAGUUGAACUGUGAGAACAGGAAGCUGAAGUAUUUGAGCCUUUCGUCACGGCCGUGUCUGGAUGAGCUGCUGCCCAGUAUUUCUGAUUGCAUUUCCCUAGAAGAGGAGACUGAACAACAAGAUCCCAGCUCUGACCCCUUUUCUCAGUAUAAGCUGCAGGUCAAAGAUCUCCAAGAAACUGUGAGUUCUAUGCUGGAGGAGAAGAAGCAGUUGGCCUGUCAGCUUCAAGAACAGCAAAGGAAGAUAGAGGAGUUGACAGCACUUACUGAAAAGGAGCAGGCUGAGAUGAAGGAGCUUUAUAAAACCAUUGAGCAGCAAAGCAAGACCAUUAAGAGGUUCAACAGGGUGUCUAUGAUGGCCACUCAAGAGUAUGAAAACAUGAAGGAGCAUCUGGAUUUGGAGCAGAGCCUCAGGCACAAAGCAGAGACCUAUGCACAUGAGAUGGUGGUGAAGCAAAAAGAAGCAAACAGACAGAGCAUGAUUCUGCUGCAACAGGUAGAUCCCAGCAUUCAACUGCUCAAAGCUUUGGAAGAUUUGGCCAAUGCGACCAAAACAUUAGAAGAAGAGAGAAUACAGCACCAAGACAAGGUAAAGGCUCUAGAGGCUGAACUGCAAGAAUGUGCUUUGCGUAAGCAGCUAGUUCAACUGCAAAGGCAACUAGAGAUAUUAGAUGAAGAAAAGAAAGAGACGGAGGGACGACUGCAGGAGGAAGAGAAGAAAAACAGUGUUUUGGAAAUGAAAGUGAAAGAUCUGCAGGAGGAGAGGAGGAGCUGUGAUUCAGCGUCAGCCCCCUCCCCUGGGACCGCUCCUCCCCCGGCCCCUCUUCCUCAACCACCUCCACCUCCCCCACCCCCUCCUCCUCCACCUCCCCCGCCUCCUCCGUCCCGCUGCAACCCCCUCAGCUCUCUCAUUGCGAUUAUGAGGAAAUCUUCCAAGGGAGGUAAAGGAAGCCCAAAACAAGAGCAAGCCCCAGCAACUGAAGCUGUGGAUGAUGUUAAAGUGAAAGCCGUCAAUGAGAUGAUGGAGAGAAUAAAACACGGAGUGGUUCUCAGGCCUGUGAAGAGUCAGGACACUAAGAGAUUUGGCACGAAGCAGCCGAUCCCAGCAGCAGUUGCAGCAGCAGCAGCAGCAGUGGAGGAAAAGCACCAAGAAAGUGCAAUGGAAGAGCUGAAAGGCAUUCUGGAGACGGUGAAGAAGAGUCCCAGUCGUGGGUUUCAGGAAGUGGUUCAUACUAAAAAGGACAGUGAACUGGAAGUAAUUCUGAGGAGGAGACGCAAACAGGCCUGUGUUCCCGACACAGAAGAUGAUGGGCAGCUGAGGAAAGUCUCGUCAUCAAACAGCCUGAACGGGCGACACAGUUCUGACUCUGGCAAAGACACAGAAGGGCCAGGCAGCAGCUCUCUGUCAGGCAGUGAGCGCGGAUCAAGAACCAGCUCAGACUCGGGCCGAGAGCCAGCCAUGGCUCCACAGGGCUCCGAUUCUGGCAUGGAGUUCAAAGGAGGCGCUCAGACAGACAGUGUCUGCAGAUCUCUCUCUGAGAAAGAGCCCACUGAGCCGGUCACCAACGGCUGCUGUUCAGGUGAAGUGAAGGCUGGAGGUCCAGAGAAGUGGACGGGGCCCAACGGGAUUGGCCAUACGGAUGCAAGUGAAGACCUGCAAACCAUCAGCUCCUCUGCACAAAGCCCCAAUGCAGCAAAGAGUAGCACAGAUGCCGAAUGUUAACGGCAAGUGGCGCUGCAACGACCGCUGCAUUUUUGCACAAAACCAUGCUUUCUGAAUUAGUUUGUUCCAAAUUUAAAAUCAGCUGGUCAUAUUUCAAAUUAUUAUAGAAAGAUCAUUUCAUCAUUUGCAGCUUGAUUACAAUUACACAUUGAAAAAAACCCAUCUUACCAGACACUUUUUUUUUUUUGUUCCUUUCAUUGACAAUGUACUGUAUCUGCCUUUACCUAUAAUAAACACAGGGUGUUUAGAUGUUAGGGACAUCUGUCGUACACUUCAGAUUAAUUCUAUAGUUGCUAUUAGAUUCAUCUUAGAUUCAUGGAUUCAACAUCUGAGUCGCAUUUCCAUAAAAAUGCAAGCAAGGAAACUUUAACGAUGAAGUGUGUAAUUUCUGUGCCACUAGCAGCAGAAUUUGAGUCUGUUUGAGCGAUCUGAAUAAGGAAGUCUGUGAUACCUGAAGGAUCCUUUAGCAUUCCCUUUCAUCUCAAUUCUUCGGAGACGAUGAUUAUUUGGACCCCAUUGACUUUCAUUGUAUGGACAAGAGCAGUUGAAACAUUCUUCGUUUUUUGUUUCACAGAACUAUACCUUUAAGAAAGAUGCAUUUUGCUUGCUAACCAGUCAAACCUUGAUGCCUCAGGCCCAAUUGACAAUUCUCAGUCAAUGUGU